CCGGAAGUGACAUCACCCACAAGGGCUGGCAGGUUCCCGAUAUUGUUUUGGUCGGUGGCUGACUGGUUUAGCUUUCGUUUAGGUUGAAAAUAAAAAUACUGGUGUUGUUACUACUAAUAAUAAAAUCGCCGACUAAGAAAAGGGGGCAUUUAAAACCGUUAUACAAAAUCUAAUAAUUAAACCGAAGGUUAUUACCUACAUUUUUUACAUCAAGAAUUAGCGCUGUUCGUCAGCAAAAUGAAAUGGAUGUUUAAGGAAGACCACUCUCUGGAUCACCGAUGCGUGGAGUCGGCUAAAAUCCGCAGCAAGUACCCUGACCGGGUGCCUGUGAUUGUUGAAAAGGUGUCCGGCUCCCAAAUCGUGGACAUCGACAAGCGGAAGUACCUGGUUCCGUCUGACAUCACUGUGGCCCAGUUCAUGUGGAUCAUCAGGAAGCGCAUUCAGCUGCCUUCAGAAAAGGCCAUCUUUCUGUUUGUUGAUAAGACUGUCCCACAGUCCAGCCUGACGAUGGGGCAGCUGUACGAGAAGGAGAAGGAUGAGGAUGGAUUUCUCUACGUGGCGUACAGCGGCGAGAACACCUUCGGAUAGAGAGGCAGGGGUCGGGGGGGCACCAGUCCCCCCACCCCACCCCACCACCCCACCCACCCCAAAGACCAGGGAGUAAAAUGUAAAAGGCAGUGUGUGGAGGGGGUGUGAGACACGGCCCUGGCGGCGUGCCCACCAGUCUGCCUGCAGUAGCCUCAGAGCGGCCACUUUCCUUCGCCUGCACACUUUCCUCUAGUACCUGGAGCACGUGACAAUUUCAUUUUAUCACGUUAUUGAUACUCUUUGCUUUGUUUGAAAUUUUAUUUCUUGUGAGAUUAUAUUUAAAAUAAUUUAAAAUAAAAUAAAAGGGAGGUAUCUGGGUAACCUAACCAAUAAAAAAAACAAUUAAAUACCA